AAAAAAUCUUGUCCACAUAAGGCCUAUAAAUACACAGCCACAACAAAAAUCCACCAUCACCCCCUCUUUUCCUUUUCUCUCAAUGGAUACCAUGAGAGAUAAUCCCAUACAAUUCAUAUCUUCUAUUUUCUGUCUAAUUAUUUUAUUAUCGGCCGGUAAUACCACGGCGGAGUUACCACGGUUGGUCCAGCCACCAAAAUCCGAUGGUACUCUAAGUUUUCUUGUCGUCGGAGACUGGGGAAGAAGAGGUUCUUAUAAUCAGUCCCAAGUAGCUCUUCAGAUGGGAAAAACAGGAAAAGAUUUGAAUAUCGAUUUCGUCAUUUCCACUGGGGAUAACUUUUACGACGACGGAAUAAUCAGUCCACAUGAUUCUCAAUUUGAAGAUUCUUUUACCAAUAUUUACACAGCAUCUAGUUUACAAAAACCAUGGUAUAAUGUAUUAGGAAAUCAUGAUUAUAGAGGUAACGUCGAUGCGCAACUCAGCCACAUGCUAAGACAUUUGGACUAUCGAUGGAUUUGUUUAAGAUCUUACGUUGUUAAUGCUGAUAUCGUUGAUGUAUUUUUCGUGGACACAACACCGUUCGUAGAUAAAUAUUUUGUUGAACCAAAGGACCAUGUAUAUGAUUGGAGAGGCGUAUUACCAAGACACAAGUAUCUUAACCAUCUUCUAACGGAUGUCGACGUGGCAUUGCAAGAAUCAGUGGCCAAAUGGAAAAUUGUAGUAGGCCACCAUACAAUCAAAAGUGCAGGUCACCAUGGCAUCACCAUAGAGCUUGAGAAACAACUUUUACCUAUCCUUGAGGCUAAUGAAGUGGAUCUAUAUAUAAACGGGCAUGAUCAUUGCUUGGAGCACAUAAGCAGCAUCAACAGUGGAAUACAGUUUAUGACAAGUGGCGGUGGGUCCAAGGCGUGGAAAGGAGAUAUGAAUAAGUGGGACCCGCAAGAGCUGAAGUUUUACUACGACGGACAAGGAUUCAUGUCGGUUGAUAUAACGGAAGCCGAACUACGCGUCGUUUUUUACGAUGGUUAUGGUCGCGUUUUGCAUCGAUGGAGCACUUAUGAAAAGAGGCUUUAUUCCGAAAUCUAUAGUCAAUGAUCUGGUUAAAAGGAAAAGUUAAGAAAUCCAGUUUUUUAAUUAUAUUUCUUGUGCUGUCGUUUCACGUGACGUGGCGUAAUCAUUUUUUUAAUGUUGUGUAAUUAUUUUCCAGCUCUUAAUUAAAGUUUGAGAAAGGGAAAUUUACAUGUAGACAUACGUUUAGUCCCUUAAUUUGAUAUUUAUUUCUUUUAUACUAUAAAAAGAAGAGAAGCAGAAAGAUAAGAAAAGAUACGCAUGGUUCUCGUGUGCACGUUACCUUUUCAUAAUUCAUUAGUAUAAAAUACUCCACUAUAUGUAGACAUUCCAAAUUAUUAUUUUGGUUUGUUUCACAUAAAGAAAGGAAUCCUUCGAAGAAAAUCU